CUAAUCAAGUGGAAGAGUGGGAAAAACAGGGUGUCAGGCUCCUCUUCCACCUCCUUUUCAAUCUCUUCCAUUUCCCGUGAGAAAGAAUUCUUCUACAGAGUGUGCAAUGUGGAAGCUGAACAUCGGUGCUGAGACAGUCGGAGAAGAUGGUGGCGGUAGCGGCACUGAAAGAUGGCUGAGGAGUCUGAACAACCACCUGGGCCGCCAAGUGUGGGAAUUUCACCCAGAGCUCGGCACCCCUGAAGAGCUUCAGCAGAUCGAAGAUGCUCGCCGGGAUUUCUCGGAAAGACGCUUUGAAAAACGGCACAGCUCCGACCUCCUCAUGCGGAUUCAGUUUGCAAAGGAGAAACCUGCUUUAGAAAAUAUACCACACAUCAAAAUUGAAGAUACAGGAGAGAUCAGAGAGGAGUCAGUAACUAUGACCUUACAAAGGGCCAUAAGUUUCUACUCGACCAUCCAGGCACAUGACGGUCAUUGGCCAGGGGAUUAUGGGGGUCCCAUGUUUCUAAUUCCUGGUUUGGUGAUUACUCUUUCAAUUACUGGUGCUCUAAAUGCAAUCUUAUCAAAAGAACAUCAACGUGAGAUCUGCAGAUAUCUCUACAAUCAUCAGAAUAAAGAUGGGGGGUGGGGUCUACAUAUUGAGGGCCCAAGCACCAUGUUUGGCACUGCACUAAAUUAUGUUAGUUUGAGAUUGCUUGGUGAAGGAGCUGCAGAUGGAGUAGGGGCAACAGAAAAAGCUCGGACAUGGAUCUUGGAUCAUGGUGGUGCAACUGCAAUCACUUCGUGGGGGAAAAUGUGGCUUUCAGUACUUGGGGUGUAUGAAUGGUCUGGGACUAAUCCACUGCCCCCAGAAGUAUGGCUUUGCCCUUACCUUAUCCCAAUCCAUCCAGGAAGGAUGUGGUGUCAUUGUCGAAUGGUGUAUUUGCCCAUGUCAUAUUUAUAUGGGAAGAGGUUUGUUGGUCCUUUAACACCCACCGUCCAAUCUUUGAGAAAGGAGCUAUAUACGGUCCCCUAUCAUGAAAUUGACUGGAAUGAGGCUCGCAAUCUUUGUGCAAAGGAAGAUCUAUACUACCCCCAUCCAUUGGUUCAGGAUGUCCUAUGGGGAUCUCUUUACUACGCAUAUGAACCUAUUUUUAUGCGCUGGCCUGCGAAUAGAUUGAGGGAUAAGGCUCUGCACACUGUAAUGCAGCAUAUCCACUAUGAAGAUGAAAAUACUCGGUAUAUAUGCAUAGGGCCUGUUAACAAGGUGUUAAAUAUGCUUUGUUGUUGGGUGGAAAAUCCAAACUCGGAGGCAUUCAAAUUGCAUCUUCCAAGAAUCUUUGAUUAUCUGUGGAUUGCCGAAGAUGGCAUGAAAAUGCAGGGUUACAAUGGAAGUCAAUUAUGGGAUACUGCUUUUGCGGUCCAAGCAAUUAUAUCAACUAACAUUGCCGAACAAUAUGGACCAACUUUAAGAAAAGCUCACGAGUACAUAAAGGAUUCCCAGGUCUUAGAAGAUUGUCCUGGAGAUCUAAAUUUCUGGUAUCGUCACAUUUCAAAAGGUGCUUGGCCAUUCUCAACUGCAGAUCAUGGAUGGCCUAUUUCUGACUGCACAGCAGAAGGGUUGAAGGCUGUGUUACUGCUAUCAAGAUUUCCAUCAGAGACAGUUGGGGAAUCAUUAGAUAUGAAGCGGCUAUAUGAUGCUGUACAUGUUAUCCUUUCCUUACAGAAUACUGAUGGUGGCUUUGCAACUUAUGAAUUGACUAGAUCCUACCAGUGGUUAGAGUUAAUCAAUCCCGCUGAAACUUUUGGUGAUAUUGUCAUAGAUUACCCAUAUGCUGAAUGUACGUCAGCAGCAAUUCAAGCACUCACAUUAUUCAAGAAAUUAUAUCCUGGGCAUAGGAGGGAAGAAAUAGAAAAUUGUAUUUCAAAAGCUGCACAGUUCAUUGAAAAAAUACAAGCACCAGAUGGCUCUUGGUAUGGAUCCUGGGGAGUCUGCUUCACCUAUGGUGGGUGGUUUGGUAUAAAGGGGUUGGUAGCUGCUGGAAAGACAUACGAGAAUUGCUCAAACAUCAGAAAAGCAUGCAACUAUCUGUUGUCCAAAGAGAUUGCUUCAGGUGGUUGGGGAGAAAGUUACCUAUCAUGUCAGGACAAGGUGUAUACCAAUCUCAAUGACAGUCGCCCACAUAUAGUCAACACUGCAUGGGCUAUGAUGGCCCUCAUUGAUGCUGGGCAGGCUGAGAGAGAUCCAACACCAUUACACCGGGCGGCAAGAAUAUUAAUAAAUUCUCAAUUGGAGAAUGGAGAUUUUCCUCAAGAGGAGAUCAUGGGAGUGUUCAACAAGAAUUGUAUGAUCAGCUAUGCAGCAUACAGGAACAUUUUUCCUAUCUGGGCCCUUGGAGAAUAUCGUUGUCGGGUAUUCCAGGCUCUCUAAUGACUUCACUCUUACUAUUGUUUUCAAUUUCUUUCCCUUUUUUUAAUGUCUAUAUGACUAUUAAUUCUCUGGGGCUUAGGUAUUCUUAGGCUAUGCAAUUCAGCUGUAAUAUACUAUAUAAAUCUCAUGAAUAAAAGUAAUUUAAUGUGGUGUUCUA